UUGCCGACCGACUUCAUAUCAAGGGUUUAGUGUUUGAAAACGAUGUUAAGUGAAAGAGACGGACGAACAGGCCCUAAAGGCUCGAGGAGUGGAGAGGAGAGGAUCCCUUUCUCUUUCUUCAAGUGAGUCCUCCAAAACGAGGUUAGUUUUGCUUUGCCUUUCCUCGUUUCUUUCCCAGUCCCAGUCCUCACUCCUCCUCUUCAGAUUACACCGACAAACAAAGGCAGAGGCAGAGGCAGAGGCAGAAGGGGAAAGAUGUUGAAAUACGAAGUUGGAGGAAAAGUGAUGGAAAGAGUUGAAUUGUUGAGGAAGAAGCAGUGGGGAUGGCGUUUGGAUGUUUGGCCGUUCGCCAUAAUUUAUGGAGUUUGGAUGACCACCAUUCUUCCUUCCUUAGACUUUGUCGACGCUUGCAUUGUUGUUGCUGCUUUUCUUUCCCUUCACAUUCUGGUCUUCCUUUUCACGGCUUGGUCCGUUGAUUUCAAUUGUUUCGUCCACUUUUCUAAGGUUAAUGAUAUUCAUGAAGCGGAUGCCUGCAAAAUAACCCCGGCUAAAUUCUCCGGUUCUAAAGAAGUCGUGCCACUUCAUUUCCGCAAUCGACUCGGAGGUUCUUCAUCCUCAGGAGAUCAAGAAGAGAUUUACUUUGAUUUUAGAAAGCAACGUUUCAUCUAUUCAAAAGAGAAGGAGACCUUUUGCAAGCUUCCUUAUCCUACAAAAGAAGCAUUUGGAUACUACCUGAAAAGCACUGGUCACGGAACCGAAGCUAAAGUUGCUGCAGCCACUGAUAAAUGGGGACGGAAUGUAUUUGAGUAUCCGCAGCCUACGUUCCAAAAAUUAUUGAAAGAACACUGCAUGGAACCCUUCUUUGUAUUUCAGGUGUUUUGCGUGGGGCUCUGGUGUUUGGAUGAGUAUUGGUAUUACAGUUUGUUCACACUAUUCAUGUUGUUUAUGUUCGAGUCAACAAUGGCAAAAAGUAGGUUAAAGACGCUAACUGAGCUGAGACGCGUUAGAGUAGAUAACCAGACACUAAUGGUGCAUCGUUGUGGAAAGUGGGUGAGGCUUUCGGGGACUGAUCUUUUGCCCGGGGAUGUUGUCUCCAUUGGCCGCUCGUCUGGUCAAACUGGAGAGGAUAAGUCUGUACCAGCAGAUAUGCUUAUAUUAGCUGGUAGUGCUAUUGUCAAUGAAGCAAUUCUCACUGGAGAGUCAACGCCACAGUGGAAGGUUUCAGUUAUGGGUAGAGGAACUGAGGAGAAGUUAUCAGUUAAGCGAGACAAAGGCCAUGUUUUAUUUGGUGGGACAAAAAUUUUGCAGCAUACACCAGAUAAGAGCUUCCCUCUGAAGACUUCUGAUGGUGGCUGUGUUGCUGUUGUUCUAAGAACUGGGUUUGAAACAAGUCAAGGAAAACUGAUGCGAACAAUUUUAUUUUCUACGGAGAGGGUUACUGCUAAUAGCUGGGAAAGUGGGCUGUUUAUCUUGUUCUUAGUUGUAUUUGCAGUAAUAGCUGCUGGUUAUGUUCUCAAAAAGGGGCUAGAGGAUCCAACUAGAAGCAAGUACAAGCUUUUUCUUAGCUGUUCACUCAUUAUUACUUCUGUAAUUCCUCCCGAGCUGCCAAUGGAAUUAUCUAUAGCCGUGAAUACGUCUCUGAUUGCACUGGCACGGCGUGGAAUAUACUGCACAGAACCUUUCCGUAUUCCAUUUGCUGGGAAGGUUGAUAUAUGUUGUUUUGACAAAACUGGAACACUUACAUCAGAUGACAUGGAGUUCUGUGGUGUUGUUGGGUCAAAUAGUAGUAUGGACUUAGAAUCAGACACAGCCAAAUUGCCUGCUCGCACGGUGGAGAUCCUGGCUUCUUGUCAUGCGUUAGUUUUUGUUGAUAACAGGCUGGUUGGUGAUCCUCUUGAGAAGGCUGCACUUAAGGGGAUUGAUUGGACAUACAAAUCUGAUGAGAAAGCCAUGCCAAAGAGGGGAAGUAGUCAUGCUGUUCAGAUUGUCCAGAGACACCAUUUUGCUUCACACUUGAAAAGAAUGGCAGUUGUUGUUCGUAUUGAGGAGGAAUUUUUUGCCUUUGUCAAGGGCGCCCCAGAAACUAUUCAGGAUAGGCUUACGGAUAUUCCUUCAUCAUAUGUUGAAACCUACAAGAAGUAUACACGGCAAGGAUCCCGUGUUCUGGCUCUUGCGUUCAAGUCCCUUCCAGACAUGACAGUCAGCGAAGCUAGAAGCUUGGACAGGGAAGUAGUGGAGAACGGCCUCACAUUUGCUGGUUUUGCGGUAUUUAACUGUCCAAUCAGAGCAGAUUCAGCUACUGUCUUGUCUGAACUGAAGGGUUCAUCACAUGACUUGGUGAUGAUUACUGGUGACCAAGCGUUGACAGCUUGUCAUGUUGCUAGUCAAGUGCAUAUUGUAUCAAAGUCAGCAUUGAUUCUUUCUCCAGGAAGGAAUGGUGAAGGCUACGAGUGGGUAUCUCCAGAUGAGAAAGAUAGGAUUCCCUUCAGUGAGAAAGAGGUUGAAGCUUUAUCAGAGACCCAUGAUCUCUGUAUCGGAGGUGACUGCAUGGAGAUGUUGCAGCAGACCGGUUCUACUCUACGAGUCAUUCCAUUCGUGAAGGUAUUUGCAAGAGUUGCUCCAGAGCAAAAAGAACUCAUCAUGACCACUUUUAAAACUGUGGGAAGAAUAACCUUGAUGUGUGGGGACGGAACCAAUGACGUUGGAGCUCUAAAGCAGGCAAAUGUAGGAGUUGCCUUAUUGAACGCUGUGCCUCCAGCUCAAAUGGGAAAUUCACAAUCAGAAACAUCUAAAGAUGAAAGUGGAAAGGCUGUAAAGAUAAAGAAAUCAAAACCUGCUUCUGAGGCAGCAGGUAAAUCUAGUGGUUCUACCAACAACUCAACUAGUAACCGUCACUCUCUGGCAUUAGAGAGACAGCAAAAGCUAAAGAAAUUGAUGGAGGAGCUAAAUGAGGAAGGCGACGGUCGUGCCCCCAUUGUCAAGCUUGGCGAUGCCUCGAUGGCCUCGCCGUUUACAGCAAAGCAUGCAUCAGUCGCCCCAACCACUGACAUAAUUCGCCAGGGUCGCAGUACUCUAGUGACCACCCUCCAGAUGUUCAAAAUACUCGGACUCAAUUGCCUCGCUACAGCAUAUGUUUUGAGUGUCAUGUAUUUGGAUGGCGUCAAGCUUGGUGACGUGCAGGCUACCAUUAGUGGUGUAUUUACUGCAGCCUUUUUCCUGUUUAUCUCACAUGCCCGCCCACUUCCGACCCUUUCAGCCGAACGACCGCACCCCAAUAUUUUUUGCUCCUAUGUGUUCCUCUCUCUAUUAGGACAGUUUGCGAUCCAUCUAUUCUUCUUGAUCUCCUCGGUGCAAGAGGCAGAGAAAUACAUGCCUGACGAAUGUAUCGAACCAGACUCGAAUUUUCAUCCCAACCUAGUGAACACAGUUUCAUACAUGGUGAACAUGAUGCUUCAGGUGGCUACUUUUGCUGUCAACUACAUGGGACAUCCCUUCAACCAGAGCAUCUCGGAAAACAAGCCCUUCUUGUAUGCCCUCUUGUCUGCUGUUGGCUUCUUUGUAGUAAUCACUUCCGAUCUGUUUAGAGGCUUGAAUGACAGCUUGAAGCUAGUGCCUUUGCCAGAAGGAUUGAGAAAUAAGUUAUUGGGUUGGGCUUUUGUGAUGUUUCUAGUUUGUUACUCGUGGGAGAGAUUGCUGCGGUGGGUAUUCCCGGGUAAAAUUCCGGCAUGGAAGAAGCGACAACGUCUUGCUGCGGCUAAUUUAGAGAAGAAACAUGUCUGAGUGAGUUGGGAAAUAGAGGACCAUAUAAGUUAUAACAAUGCCUAUGCGUGGCGGCGGCUCAAAAGCAUUUGCAGAGGUUCAAACGUCUCAAAUUCUUUACCACCUUUUUUUUUUUUUUAAAUGUGGGAAACUUGGUAUUUUGUCCAAAUCAUUUUAGUUUUAAAAUGGGGGAUUUUUGCGGCUGGUGUAGUGCCUGCUAAAACAUUGUUAUUUUUUUUGGUUGGUUACUUGUAACUCAAUUAUUUCGACCUAUAAGUAGGAAUCGCAGAAUUUUGUCUAUCAAUGAGUUCA